UUGAAAACUCUGCAUGUUGUUCAUUGAAAGACACGCCUAUAUUACUUUGCUGCAUGCAUAGCAUUGCCUACUAAUAGCUAAACUACGUCGUGAUGAGCAUGUGACAUCCGUGGAGACACACGAGAACGAUACGUUCGAUUCUGAUGAGAGUGAAAACGCUCGUAAUCAAGACAACAUAUCGACGCAGCCACUUUCGUCGGAAACUACCGUGGAUUCUGAUUGUUGUUGGAGUAGUCACUAUCCUCUACCUUCGAGUGUGUUUUGAAGCAUCCCCCGACGUCUGCUGUACACUGAAAUGGGAGUUGGUUUGUGGUACACGUACACGUAAACAACGCUGCACACAUACUUUAUGGGAACGCGUUGGUUGCAAUUCAGAGCGUCCAAUACUUCGCUGUAGCCAGUUUCUAAGUAAACAUAAUCCGGAUGAACAUCACUAUGACGCAGUUGUGAAGACGUUCGAUUCUCUGGUGUAUCUAAAUGGUUGUCCACAUGACACUUGUUCAUUGGUUGGCUCUUCAGGAAAUUUGAAAAAUCAUGCUCAUGGAAAAGUAAUCGACGAAAAUGAAGUCAUUAUUCGACUCAAUAAUCAACCAAUCAGAGGAUAUGAGAAAUAUGUUGGGACACGUCCAGCUGAUAUUAUGAUAUUAAAUGAUCAUACUAAUUGCUUCAGGAACACCAGCCACCCUACUCUGUAUAUCCGUUCUACAGACAGUCCUUUGAGGGAGAAUGCAGUCAUUAUUAAAAAAUGUCAAUCAAAUCGAAUUGUGCCUUUGUACUCUCUGUCCAAGUAUGUUCAACAUCAAGCACAGAUUAUGUUGAAGGCUUAUGCGGUGAGGUAUAACAUACAAAGAGAAGUAGUUGGUACUAAAGGCAACUACAUCCAUGCAACCAGCGGUUUCAAAGCUCUCGUUUUUAGCAUGAUGAUAUGCAGACAAGUUCAUCUGUUUGGAUUUGGGAUGCAAGGAGCAAAGGCGUGGCAUUAUUAUCCUCCUUAUAGAAACUAUACACCUCCUCACCACGAGACAUCUUUAGAAAUGAAAAUAAUACAAGACAUUGCAAAACGAAAUGUCAAAGGUAAUAUAUUUUAUUUUCAAAAUGACCUAUUUGGCAAGCUAACUAUUCACUUUUAGUAUGCAGAACUGUUUGAUCACUGCAGUAAGUGUACAGUACAAUUGCCUAUACACGUAGGUAUUAUAGACACCAGAAUGACUUCAACUACUUCUCAAACUCUGGUUGAUAUCUAUCUUAACUCGAUAUGCUAGCUAUCUUUAUAGAAAUCUAUCUGAUUUUAAUUAAUACGUUUGGUGAGGAAAACAGACUGAA